AUGGAAAAGCCUGAGAAAUCGCAGGCUUGUGUGGCCAGAAAAAAGGUGAAGGUUUUCCUCUCCUGGAUGAACAUAAAACUGAGGGAGGCAGCACGUGUGGAGACCCAGUGUUCAAACGCCACAGAGGGCAAUGCCUAUUCUGCACCAGUCAGUCAGGGCUAUGUUUUACCAGAAGGAAAAAUCAUGCCAAACACAGUCUUUGUUGGUGGAAUUGACUUAAGGAUGAAUGAAGCAGAAAUUCGGAGUGUCUUUGAACAAUAUGGUACUGUGAAGGAGGUGAAGGUCAUCACUGACAGAACUGGUGUUUCGAAGGGGUAUGGAUUUGUGUCUUUCCUGGACAAUGUGGAUGUUCAAAAGAUAGUUGAUUCACAAAUCAACUUCCAUGGUAAAAAGCUGAAACUGGGGCCAGCAAUCAGAAAACAACAAAACUUAAAUUCCUGCGUGUAUCCCAGACAAUUAGUUCUUGGUCCUCCUCCACCACAGUUCCAGAGUGUAUGGGGUAAUCAGGGUAUGGAGACGUACGUGCAACCUCCAGCUGUCAUGAACCCAGUAACACCCUCUGUUCAGCCCUAUCCAUACAGUUCAUCACCAGCUGUACUGCUAAAGCAGCAAGUUCCCAUUGGGUAUCAACCGGCUUACAACUAUCAGGCUCAACCACAGUGGCUUCCUGGAGAGCAAAGAAAUUAUGUAAUACCUCCAACUCCGGUGUAUGCUCCAGUAAACUAUCAUGCCACUGAGGAUGCAGGAUUUGUACAGAUGGAAUGUGCUGUUCCAGAGCCCACACAGUUGCCUAACAGCCCACAAAAGAAGUCUGUGGACAGGGGUAUGCAAACAGUAUUAUCCUGUCUGUCUAAUCCUGAGAACCAGCUGACAAAUGACUUUGUAUCACAAGACAACAAUGUAAAGGAGAAUAAGACAUUCCACUUGAGAAAAGGAAGGACAGUACACAAAAACAUUUGA